AUGUCGCCUAAAAAGCAGUCCUCGUCUAAGAGCGCCAAAGCGCCUGAGCGCGACUUCACGGAGGCUUUGGCCCCUGCGGUCCCGCCACUGGCGCGAAUCCCCUCACCAGCGCGCUUCUCCCUGGUUGUCCUGAGUAGCCUCAUCUUGAGCUCAGUCGGAUUUACCUUGACCACCAACCUGACCGGUGACCUUGGCCUGGUCAGCAAGCACCUGGAGGAGUGGUGGGAAGUGGGGGGCUUAGUGGCCUGGAAAGCCGUGGAGAUUGGGCUAAGUUGGGUGCUGGGAUUCGAUAGCUGGGAUGUCGCAUCAUUCCUAUACAUAACCCACCUCCCCACCUACUCGCUCUUGACAUUUUUCUACGGUGUCCGGCCGACCUCUACAAUUAUAUCCUACGCGAUCACAGUUCUGUCCACUGUAAUUCCGUUCUUCUUCCUUCGCCGCCCUGCAUCUGUUCAUGACCUGUCGCACGCACCUUCCGGCGCAGUGGCCAACAGAUCCAUCCUACAAGAUCGCCCCACUACAAUCUACACAACCCUCGCCGCGACCUCGAUCUUCACUGUUGUGCUGUAUGCCAGCUACGCAUCCUGGCUCCCCGCCCAGCUAGUCGUGCACUUCGAGAGUAUCCCUGAUAUCAGCGCUGCGCAUGCAGGUCCCGCCGGGCUCCCCGUUCUCUUCCUGACUUUAAUCCCGACCGGCUAUGCCGUGCGCGACUUCCUUUUCGUUAGCUCCACAGGUCACGCGACAGCAGUGGAAUCGAAGACCAAUCACGAAGGCGAGUUGUUGAUCUGUGCCUUAUACCGCAAGACGUGGUGUCAACUGUCGACCAAGACUCGAAUUCUUGUUUCUCGGACUCUCGUGCUUGCUGCCGGUGUGUUUUUCAACACGGUUGUGCAGGUGGCAGGCACAAUCGACAGUGUGUCCGUUGAGGGGGCUUCUUUGUGGGGCGCGGUCUGGACGUUCGCGACGGUGGCAGUUGGUGCUGUCUUUGGCUGGAUUGAGGCAGUGGAUGGUGUAUAA